AUGGCUGAUGAGUUGUAUAAGAAAGGGAUCGAUGGGAGUUUGUCAAGAUGUAUAGGCCAAGAUGAUCAGAAUAUUGCUUUGGGUGAAGUCCAUCAUGGGAUAUAUGGUGCCCAUCAAGCUGGAAAGAAGAUGAAGUGGGUGCUAUAUCGCAAUCAUGUGUAUUGGCCAUCUAUGAUAAAAGAUUGUCUGGUUUUAGAUUUGAUUGGGUUGAUUCACCCUCCUUCAUCAAAGCAACACAAGUUUAUCUUGGUAGCAAUCGAUUAUUUCACAAAAUGGGUUGAAGCAGUUCCCCUAAUAGAAGUUGGUCAAACCUCGAGGAGUAUCAAUAUGGUUACCUCAACCCCUUAUUAUGUGCAGGCUAAUUGGCAAGUAGAGACAGCAAAUAAAAUCCUGAUAAGUUUGAUCAAAAAGCAUAUCGGAAAUAAGCCUCGAACAUGGCAUGAGACUUUAAGGCAGGUAUUAUGGGCUUAUCGAAAUUCGCCAAGAGGGUCAACGGGUAAAUCACCCUAUAAAUUAGUUUAUGGCCAUGAUGCGUUGUUGCCAUUAGAAAUCAAUUUAAACACUUUGAGGGUGUUAAAGCAAAGUAGUUUUCCAGUUGAUGACUACUUGAAUGCAAUGUUUGAUGAAUUGAAUGAAUUAGAUUCAAAGCGAAUAUUGGUACUUGAAAAUAUAAUUCGACAAAAAGAAAGUGUUGCUCGAAGUUAUAACCGUCGAAUCAAGGAAAAAUCUUUUAGUAUAGGUGAGUUGGUUUUGAAGGUUAUUUUGCUAAUGGAAAAGAAAUCAAAAUUUCUUGGCAAAUGGUCCCAUACUUGGGAAAGCCUAUUUCAAGUAGUAGGAACAUAUUUUGGAAAUGCAUAUCAAAUCAGGAAAACUGAGUCAGGGAAGAUAAUUGAUUUGAUUAAUGGAAAGUACUUGAAGCAAUACUAUUGUUGGCUAAAUUAA